CCGCACCUUGUGAGGUCACGGUGACGUCACCAGGUGACUGCAGCCAUGGAGGGAGCCUAUGGUGCCGGGCCUGCGGGGAGCAACUUUGAUUUUGUCGCUUUUGUGAAACGUCCCACGACGAUUCUGAGCAUCUGCAGCACGGUGUUUGCCAUCGUGGUGUUUGGCUGCAUCGUGGGCGAGGGCCACAUCAACCACCCUUUUAGCUCCACGCUGCACUGCGUCUACAACGCCAAUGAGCACGCGUGCGGCCUGGCCACUGCCACGGCCAUCCUCUCGGCCGUCUCGGCCCUCGCCUUCCUCGUGCUCGACUUGCGCUUCGCCGACAUCAGCAGCGUGCAGCACCGCAAGGUCGCGGUGCUAGGAGAACUGGGCCUCUCUGGGCUCUGGGCAUUCUUGUGGUUCGUCUGCUUCUGUUUCCUGACGAACCAAUGGAGCAAGACCGCCUUCGCAUCCUGGAUGGACAUUGUGGGGGGGAGCGCUCGUGCUGCCAUUGCCUUCUCCUUCUUCUCCAUCCCGACCUGGGUCGGGCUCACGAUCUUCGUCUUCCAGAAGUACCGCUUGGGCGCCCACUUUGGAGAAGAGUACACGGACCCCAGCCCCGCCGCUGCACAACUCCCGGACUCGGACUCGUACCAAGCGCCACCCUUCUCGCGUGACCUGGGCAGCGCUGGCAUGUCGCAGUAGGGCCCCCAGCGAAUCCCGCGAACCCUGUACCCUCUCAUCGCACGGUUUCUUAGGUUAUGAGCUCACAACGCUUCUCAUUUUACAAUGAACAGCUGACAUUUUUGUUGCGAGUCCCUAUUAACUUGGUACUGGCUUUCAUUGUACAUUUUACUAAUAUGGGGAGGGGAUGGGUGGCUGAAUGGGGGUGUGCAUGCACGUCCAAUGGGACCAAUCGCCACGGGAAAAAGAUAACCCACAGCUGAUUCGCAAGUCCUAUGGGGAUUACCCGAGCAAAGUGGACUUGCAAAAUUGUGAGACAUAAGACGCGAGGCAGAUGUUUCCAGUGGAAAAGCCGGUUACAAAGUGAGCAUUGGUUUGCUCUCUACAAGUCAAGGUUUAUCCGUGGGCUGUCACCAGUUUGAAGGUCAGCUCAGGUUAUUAUUGAUAAGGAUUGACAGUCUCCCUGUUCACAUUUCGGAGGUGACCAUUCUAUUUCAUUGGGUUUGGGAAUUAACUUUACUUUCUAGCUGCUCCUCACUUGUGCAUAGAGGCCAACGUUGCCAUGUAUUUCAUAUUACAUUGAAAUGUUUGAAUUUACCCAUGCUGUACAGUACUGUUAUUCCUGAAAGGGACCAUCUCUUUGGGGAAACUCUUCAGGGCAUAAUUAGAACCUUGUGCAAUUUAAGGACGAGUUUGUAAUGCGGGCAGCGGCAGAGUGAAUGCGUUGUUUUGUCUGCCCAGGCUCAGGACUGACCUAAUGUUCUUGCCGACUUCAACAGUUAAUAUUUCAUUUAAUGUUUGUUUUAUCAGGUGCCAAGACUUGUAAUUAAAGUUACUGAAUGCGCGAGUCAG